AUGUCUUGUAAUACAUGCUCACGUUCCUUUUCUUUGUUUCUUCCUGAAAAAGGUUGUCCUAGUUGCGGUUUUAGUUAUUGUUCAAAAUGUUUAAACAAAAAAGUAUUUGUGGCGAAGUUAAACACUGAAAAAAAGGUUUGUGCUAAAUGUUCAAGAAAUAAAUCAGAUGAAGCAAAUACUAUACAACCCCCAGAUGUUUUUUAUAGACAUUUAGCAAAAAUCAAUGAUUCUCCGAGUACCUCCAAGGAGACUUUAGAUUUUGAAAAAGUCAUUCGAGAAAGGCUUCAAAAACUUAAAGAGGAUAAUCUCGUAAAGGUUAAGGUAUCUGAUGAUGAAUUAAAUGAUCGUCUUCAAAACUUAAAAGGGAAAGUGCCACACACUUCUGAUGUAGAAUUAUAUACAAGAUUAGCAAAAGUGAAAGGUGUUCCAAUAGACAUACUGAAUAAGAAGCCUGUGUUACCACCUCCUGAUUUAAGAACUGAACAAGAACAAGCGGAUGAUUUGUUGAAACAAUAUAUGGAGCAAUCACAAAUAGAUACAAACUAUACUGAUGGAUUUGAGGAUUCAAUUAACAAUAUUGAGACAAGAUUACAAAAGCUUAAAUGUGGCCACACCUCUACUACAACUAGCAUUUCCCAACAUUCAGUUGAAAAUAUUGAGUCAGAAGAUGAAGAAACAGUAGUGAACAAAAUUAUUGAAAAGGUAGAU